AUGGAAGUCGACGAGGAGGAUGAGGAUGAAGCUGAAGAAGAUGAGGAGACAGAUGCCGACACAGUCGCUUCGGAUGCCGAGAGCCAGCCUGAUUCGUCGGCCGCCAGUGUGAUCGAUGAUGACGACAAUGAUGACGAUGAUAGCAAAAAAGACAUGGACAACAACGACGACCACGAUGACUUCCCACCUCGACGAGUGUCUCUCGCGAUUGGGUCGAAGCGCCGUCGACCCCUAGUCAUCAGCGACGAAGAUGAAGAGCCGGACGAAGUGGACGAGCCGCAGGAAGAAGACGAGAAUACUCUUCCGACUCCUAUUGGACUACCCAAGGCAUUGUCGAAGAGCGUCCUGGGAGCGAUAGGCAGGGACCGACCAGUUCCAACGACGGCAGUGGCUAGACCGCAGCUCUGUGGAGGCGGAGGUGAGUUGCCUGGAAUGUGAGAUUACAAUUUUCUUUGGCUCGGUAUUGACCGAUCAAUUUGUUUGCAAUCCAGGUUCGUCUACCGGCCCGGCCUCGAAGCAUCUUCCCAAGUUCAUACCCCCUUUUGACGAUGCUCAACGUCGCCCAAAAGAAGCCGUAACCCCCCUCAGCGCCACUGCCGGUCGUGCUCCUUUGAUCGAGGUCGAUCGACCCGAAGACUUCGAGGUCGUUCCUCAGACGUACGAGAAGAAACUCUCGCAUACAAUGAGACGUGAGGCUGUUGUCCAACUUGAUCAAGACUUGCAGCGGGCUUUGUUGUCCAAGUUCGGGCAGUGUUCGGCGACGAUUGAGGACAAGGCCUGGAGAGAGUUGGCCGGAAAGAAGAUUAUGUAUGAGCAAAGGUGAGUCAUUGACUUGAUCGAGCGUUCGAUGGGAAACAGACCUAAUCCUGACAUCAAAUCGCCCCUUAUUAUUCGAACAGGCGAGACAUCAUCCUUCUCACUGCAGUCUCGCUCGAAUCGGAUCUCUUCUGGCUCGCGCUCACAAGCAAAGGCUAUCGCUCAAUGCUAGGACCACGAACAAAAGCAAUCGCAAACCUCAAACUGAGCGAAAAGGCACCUCUUGAGUUCGAGAACAACGCUCGAUUAAUCGAGGAGGUCUUUGACGCAUUGAAGAGAGCCGCCGCAUCGUUGUUACCGAGUCGAUCAAGGAGGAGCGAGAGUGGAGGAAAACCAGGCGAAACUUUGAGCUUGGCUGGUGGGUUGCUUUGGUGAGCUGUCCUAAUAUUCUACCGCUGUACUUCUUGGGUCAAUUUAUCUUCGUACAACGCACUUGACGAGGAUGAGCGGUUCUCCGCCGGCAAACCGCUCUUGCAGAUGACCCAGCACGAGAUUUUUCAGACACUCGAGUAGAGACCAAGCUCUAAAAACCACGGUACAGAGGUAUAUCAUACGAUGCCCUGAUAAAAUUGAGAAUCCUGGCAAGCGGUGCUACGGGGGCCCUCCUAAAGACGAGAGCGAAAAAUAAUAUAACUGCACACCUGCUCAAGCCUUCAACGAAAUUGAGCCGUCCCAGCGCGACGAGUUGCCUGUCUUCACCAUCUCUCGAGAGCGAGGGUCAGUUCUAGACUGCUCUCUGAUCUGAUGUUUUGCGCAGAGUGUCCGUGUGACGUGGAGCUGUUUGGCUGACGAUCUUGGUUCCGGCUCGGCAUUGUUCGGCAUCGCCCCUUUCGCUUAUCUUGCCCGUUUCCUGAUCUCCCGCUCCUCCAUCCCCUCUCUCCCCCACGUCGACUCCUCAUCAACCCCGGCCAAAUUUCAUCACACCACGGUUUACUAUGAGUCUACAACAGUUUCCUCCCCCGAGUCGCUCCGUUGACCCACCUCCCCGCCGAGUUCGCUCCCCUCGAGUCGUUGCUGCAGCGCAUGACGAUCCGUCAACCGAACGGCGGCGUCGGCUUGCUCGGCCACGGCCAAUUCGCCGAUGCGUGCGAGACCGAACUCAAGAAGGUCGACUUGGAGAGCAAGGUCGAUCAAGUCAUCGAGAGUGGUACGUUCUUCCUACAUUGCCCGUGAACAGAUCCAAUGCUCGUCAAUGGACGUUCGCUAAUGUUAUGACCGCGGUUGGACCUGUCUCCCUUCUGUCUUUUGGCACUGCAGGCAACCAGCAGCUUCUCUCGGCGCUGUUCCGUGAUUACUGCUACGCCACCUCGGGUGAGUGGCGUCGUGAGGGCUCUGAACUGUACCGAGAUCUGGAAAACUGAAGCACUGUCACUUUUUCGCCAGCCUUCCUCCUUGAGCCGGUCGACCAACGCUUCCGACACACCGCAGUCUACGGCGAAGGCAACAACCGCCUCCCUCGCGAGCUCGCGGUCCCGUUGAAGAAGCUCGCCGAUAAGCUCGGUCACUUUCCCUUCAGUGCGUCGUGCAUCUGCCUCUAUUUUAUGUCUUCGAUAUUGCGACUGAUAUCAUGGACACUCCUGUACAGUGGAGUACUCCUCUUCGUACGCUCUCCAGAACUACGUCAAGAUCCAGUCCAAGGCCAAGCCAGGCAAGCUCGGCCCUCUUUCCGAAUGGGCUACGGACAACCUCAACAUCCUCCGUGCGUUCGAGGAUGCCAGCGGCUCCGAAGCCGGCUUCAUUCUCGUGCACGUCACCAUGGUGGCCCACACCGGUCGAGUCGUCGCUGCGGCCGAGGAUGUGCUCGAGGCGUCUCAAAUGGGCGACCACAAGGCGUUCCAAAACGCGAUGGGUGACCUCCUCGCGACGUACGAAAAGAUCCAAGUCGCGAUGGAGUCGAUGUGGUCGUGGUCGAGGCCGGUCGACUACUUGCGCUUCAGGUCAUUCAUCUUUGGCACGGGCCCCAAAAAGUCCAACUCGAUGUUCCCCAACGGCGUCGUCUACGAGGGCAUCGGCACUGACGAGCCCCAAUACUUCCGUGGUGAGAGUGGAGCCAACGACGUGAGUCUUCAGUCUAGGUUCGGACAGUGAGCUUUCCGUGAUCCGAUCCAGCUGACCUUCCUGUUUUUGUAUGUUCUUUCAGUCCAUCAUCCCCCUUGCGGACAACUUGCUCGAGAUCACUCGUGCACACCCCAAGAAUGAGCUCACAUCGACCUUGCGCGAGUUCCGUGAAUACCGUCCUUCGGCGCAACGUGUAUACCUCGAAGCGCUCGAGCGUCGUGCGUCCGAGACGGGCGUUUUCAAGUUUGCGCAGCAGAACCCCGAGAGCUUGGCCUUGUACAUCCUCAUGGUCGACCAAGUGCGCGAGUUCAGGGACCGCCACUGGAAGUUCACCAAGGUAAGUGUUGAGAAGGAGAUGGCAGCGCUGUCGGAUGAGCCUGACUGAUCUCGCUAUCUUUUGUCUGUGCACCAGAGCUACAUCAUUCGUUACUCGGACCACGCUAUCGCCACAGGUGGAUCGCCGAUCCUGCGCUACUUGCCUCAGAACCUGACGACCGUGCUCAACUGCAUGGCCGAUGCGUUCACCUUGUUGCCCAACUCGCACGGCUUGACCCCUACGACGGCGGCCAAGAUCGAGGCGUGCCGCGGUCGCGCCGAGAGGGAACUCGCGGCGUUGAAGGUCGAGUUGGGCGAGUUGAGGGGCGGGGUCAAGGGUGUCGAUGAUAAGCGCGUGCACACUCGUGGAUCCGUUGGCUGCGACGGCAUCGGCUGA